GUUUAGUGAUUUUUUUUUGGAGCGAUUUUUUCGCCUGUGCAAAAUGUUCUUCUCCGGAGAUUCAUCGACGCGGAAGAGGGUAGAUUUAGGCGGAAGGAGUUCGAAGGAAAGAGACAGACAGAGGCUUUUAGAGCAGGCACGGAACGAAAGGAAACGCCGUUUAAAUUUACGGCAGCAGAAUUCUGCUGCUCUUAAGAUUCAGAAAUGCUUCAGAGGGAGGAAGGCUGUGGAGGCUGAGCGUUCUAAAGUGCGAGAGCAGUUCUGCCUAACUUUUGGGAAGCACUGCCAAAAGGUAGACAGGAAUUGUUUCUAUUCUGAUUCAGGGUUCCUUCAGCAGUUGCUCUUUUUCUUCAACGCACAUAACAGUGGGGAUUUUGUGGCCCUUGUGGAGACGUGUCGAUUGCUCCAUCGAUUUGUUCGAGCCAAUGCAGGGGAUGUUGUGGACCUCUUUGCAGGCGUGGACUAUAAAUCAAAGCAUGCUAUUGUAGAGAACAGAGUGAAGCGACUUGCAUUUGCUUGUCUUCAGGCUGUUCAUCAUAAUAGGAAUCAGCUGAAGGAUCAACUUUUGCUGUCUUCUGAGUGCACCAGUGUACCGGCUGUCAUCUUGCUCGAGGCAGUGGUUAUCUUGACAGAUCCCAAACUUCCAUGGGUUUGCAAAGUGGUUGGUUAUCUGUUACAAAGAAAUACAUUUGCAUUAUUGAGAGAUAUUAUUGUCACUGCAAAGCAAAGUACAAUGGAUCGAGCCGCUAAUAGAGAGCUUUCUUCAUUGGGGCAUGUUCUUAUCCUCAUCGCUUCUCACGUUGGUCAGCAGCCUUUUACUAGUACAAAUAUAGAUCCAAGAUGGAGUUUUUCCAUUAUUGCUUCUCAUGUUGGUCAGCAGCCUUGUACUUGCACAAAUAUAGAUCCCAGAUGGAGUUUUUCCUCCCAAGUUCUUACGAUUCCUUUCUUGUGGCAGCUUUUUCCACACUUAAAAGAGGUGUUUGCAGUUAGUGGGAUGAACAAACAUUAUAUUCAUCAGAUGGCAUUGUGUGUGCAUGGUCAAGCCAAUGUUCUUCCUGAUGAUAUAUCACGUGAAUUUCCUGGGUAUGCCUGCCUUCUUGGAAAUAUAUUGGAGACUGCUGUGGCUGCUUUUUCUCAACCAAACAGCUCCUUUGAUAUGGCGAUAGACUUUGCAGUGGUUUCUGCAUUUAUGUUGGAGGCACUGCCCCCAAUUAAAUCUUCAAAUAGAGAAUGUAAGGGAGAUUCAUCUUUGGGCGUUGAUGAAAUGGUUAUUGAUGAGGAAUGCGUAGAAGAGGGUAUGAACAAGGAUUUGCAACGCCAGAUUAUUAAUGCAAUAGAUCCACGCCUCCUUCAGCAAUUGGUUAAUGUAUUAUCCAGAGGUACCUCACUUCUAAGUGGAUCUCCUAAAGAUAUGCCACAAAAUAAGGAGGUGGAAGCUGUUGGGGCCAUUUGUUCUUUCUUGCAUGUUACGUUCAAUACUUUACCUCUGGAGCUGAUUAUGACUGUAUUAGCAUACAGAACCGAGCUUGUUCCUAUGAUUUGGAACUUCAUGAAGUUGUGCCAUGAGAAUCAACAAUGGCCAUCUUUGUCUAGCCAGACAGCACAUCUAUUGGGAGAUGGCCCUGGUUGGCUUUUACCUUUAGCUGUUUUCUGUCCUGUGUAUAAGCAUAUGCUCAUGAUAGUUGAUAAUGAGGAAUUCUACGAACAGGAGAAACCACUCUCUUUAAAAGACAUCAGAGGCUUGAUUGUUAUCUUGAAACAGGCUUUGUGGCAGCUCCUAUGGGUAAUUCCUAUGAAGUCUCCUAAUGCAGUGAAAUCUUCCACCGUCCUUUCAGGCCACAGGAGGAACUCUGUUGAUUUCAUUCAGCAGAGGGUCAGCAUUGUUACUUCUGAGCUCCUAGCACAGUUACAAGAUUGGAAUAAUAGACAGCAGUUUACAUCUCCAAGUGACUUCCACGCUCAGGAAGCAGUGGAUGAGGUUUUCAUUUCUCAGGCUCUUACUGAAAAUUCAAGAGCGUAUGACAUAUUGAAACAAGCUCCUUUCUUGGUGCCAUUUACAAGCAGGGUUAGAAUAUUCACUUCACAGUUAGCGGCUGCAAGGCAAAGAAAUGGUCCUCAAGCUGUUUUUACCCGACAUAGAUUCAGAAUAAGACGGGAUCGGAUUUUUGAAGAUGCUUUUAAUCAGUUGAGUGCAUUGUCUGAGGAGGAUCUUCGGGGAAUGAUCCGGGUAUCAUUCGUCAAUGAACUUGGAGUUGAAGAGGCCGGAAUUGAUGGGGGUGGGAUUUUCAAAGAUUUCAUGGAGAAUAUCACUCGAGCAGCUUUUGAUGUGCAAUAUGGGUUAUUUAAGGAAACAACUGACCACCUUUUAUUCCCUAAUCCUGGCUCCGGAUUGAUACACGAACAACAUCUCCAAUUUUUCCAUUUUCUUGGUAGCAUACUGGGAAAGGCCAUGUUUGAAGGGAUUCUUGUUGAUAUUCCAUUUGCGACAUUCUUCUUGAGCAAACUAAAACAAAAGUACAACUAUUUGAAUGACUUGACUUCGUUAGAUCCGGAACUAUACCGUCACCUCAUUUUCUUAAAGCAUUAUGAAGGUGACAUUUCAGAACUCGAACUGUACUUUGUCAUUGUAAACAAUGAGUAUGGAGAGCAAACAGAAGAGGAGCUGCUUCCAGGAGGAAAGGAUAUACGUGUUACAAAUGAGAAUGUUAUUCAAUUUAUUCAUCUUAUUGCCAACCAUAGGUUGAAUUUUCAGAUUCGUCAGCAAAGUUCACAUUUCCUGAGGGGAUUUCAGCAGCUUAUACAGAAAAAUUGGAUAGAAAUGUUCAGUGAGCAUGAAAUACAGCUUCUGAUAUCAGGUUCACUUGAGGGCUUGGAUGUUGAAGACCUACGUCACCAUACUAAUUAUGCAGGUGGCUAUCAUAAUGAGCAUUAUGUCAUCGAGAUGUUCUGGGAGGUUCUCAAGAAUUUUUCUUCAGAGAAUCAGCAGAAAUUUUUGAAGUUUGUGACGGGAUGCUCUCGAGGACCAUUGCUUGGGUUCAAGUACCUGGAGCCUCUAUUGUGUAUACAGAGGGCUGCUGGUGAUGCCUCUGAUGAAGCUCUUGACCGCUUACCAACAUCUGCAACUUGCAUGAAUCUUCUAAAGCUUCCUCCCUAUAGAAGGUCCGUUGUUUCUCUGCAUUCUGACAAAAUGGUAAAGAACAACUAGAAAUGAAACUGAUGUAUGCAAUCAAUGCUGAGGCGGGUUUUGACUUGAGUUGAUAGGAAUUACCUUAUACAUGGUUCACAUAGAACAGGGUGAAAGGAUCACCUUCGGCUCAGGAAAAUGCCAUUUCAAGCCCAAUCAAAUGGAAGCCAAUGAUGCUGAAAGGCGCGAUGACUUAAAAUUCUAUUUAGGACUCGGUCCUGGGAUCUCUAGACACAAGAAGAAAAGGAAUCAUGUGCAUAUGUAUACAUGGGCUGGAGUGCUGAUCGAAUUCGCAGUGUACAUAGUGGUGGUUCUCUUUGGAAAUGUAUCAAAUUUGAAAAGCUGAUCAUCUGCGUGGGUCAACAGCUUCAACUUAUUUGUUGUUUUAUAAUUCUUUGUAAAAUGACUGGAAAAGCAAAGAUGAUUGUGAUCAAAGGUUUAAACUAGUAAGGUUGGUGGUGGUUUCAUGUA